CUCCUCGCCCGCCUCUGAGCCACAAGGCAGAAGGGGCAACUGCCCCACAAGGAGGAAGGGAGGGAGUGGCGGAGGCCCUUAAAAGGAGGGCAGCUGCCAGGAGAGCAGGCAGGGAACACAGGCUGCAGGUCACUGGGAGAAGAAGACUCCAGGCCAGGAGAGCGUCCUGCCAUUCUUGCCGCCAUGCCCUCCUCCUGCUCCUCUUGGGUCCACUUGGGGCUGCUGCCCUUCCUCCUGCUCCAUCUCCUCCUGGGCCUGGCCCAGGCCCAGACCUUCCACAUGGGGAAGUGCCCGGACCCCCCAGUCCAGGAGGUCUUUGACAUCCACAAGUAUUUAGGCAAAUGGUACGAAAUUGAGAAGCUGCCAUCCAACUUCGAGAAGGGCCACUGCAUCCAGGCCAAUUACUCGCUGAAGGAAAACGGGAAAGUGAAAGUAGUCAACAAAGAGAUUCACAUGGACGGCACCCUCAACGAGAUCGAGGGAGAGGCCUUCCACGUAAACCUCCAGGAACCGGCCAAGCUGCACGUCAAAUUCAACUGGUUCAUGCCGGCAGCCCCUUACUGGGUCAUCUCCACUGACUAUGACAACUACGCCCUGGUCUACUCUUGCACCAACUUCAUGUGGCUCUUCCAUGUGGAUUACGCCUGGAUCAUGUCCCGGACCCCCGAGCUGCACCCGGAGACCGUGGACCACCUGAAGAACAUCCUCCAGUCCUACGACAUCAACACGGCGCGGAUGCGGCCCACCGACCAGACGGACUGCCCUCCUGACAUGUAGCCCCCCCGCAAGGGGACCAAGGCUGGACCGAAGGACGCAUGAACACUCUGACAGACAGACUUUCUUGCUUCCUUGUGCUAAAUAGCAACGCUUACGGCAUGAUAUCUGUUGGGAGGCCUUGGGCUGGGCGCAGGGGAAGGGAAAAAGGAAGGAAGGAAAUAAGGAUUGAAGGAUGGCAAGGAAGGAGAGGAGGAAAGGAACAAAGGAAAGAUGGGGCGGAAGGAUGGAUGGAUGGAAGAAGGAAAGGGCAAAGGAAUGUCGGGCGAGAGGGAAAGAAGGAAAGUCGGGAGGGCAAAACCUGUCUUCGUGUAGCUUUGUGAGGCCUCUUUUCCAGCUGUUGCUUCAAAGCCCACAUCUGGCUCCAGGUGAGCCAAAGGCAGUUGUUUGGGAUUCUGUGCCACUGCUGCCUUUGUGGUGUCAUGGAGGGCAGAGAGCUGGAACCCACCGGGCAGCCAUGCCAUGCCUUCCUGGGUGAAGCUACAACCCAAAUGCUCUUUUGAGGAACCUUCAGCUUUUCUGCUUAGAAUAAUAAACUCCGCCAGGCAAGCA